GGAUUGAGAGGGGUACAGCUACAGGGGGAAGCUGCAUUGGUUGAUGUUGAGAAGGCUGAGGAGGAGGUGUUGUGUCUGAGGAAGAUUACCAAUCAGUAUGCCCUUCAAGACAUCUUCAAUGGUGAUGAGACUGGUCUCUUCUAUCAAAUGCCACCAAACCACACCCUUGCUACAAUGGCCUGCUCUGGCAGGAAGGGUGAUAAGACUCGCAUGUCUUACAUGUUGACAACAAAUGCAGAUGGCAGUGAGCAGCUUAAGCCAUUGGUUAUCAGUCAUUCCAAACAGCCUUGCUGCUCUCAGUGCAAGACACCACAAUCCCUUGGCUUUGAUUAUCAUUUCAACAAGAAGGCAUGGAUGACUGGAGUGAUUUUCCAG